UCACCGGAACAUCAGCGGCUCUUCACCGGAACCUUCCCCGGCUCUUCACCGGGAAACAUCAGCGGCUCUUCACCGGAACCUUCCCCGGCUCUAACCCGUCUUUAUCCCGCUGGAGUUGACCGGGGGACCGUGCUGUCCCUGGAUUAACACUCCGCUGCGGUGUCACCGGUUAAAGAACCGAACUGACUCUAUUCCGCUGCGUCCCUGGAGGUUUCCGUUCGAUUCCCGGUUCUGUGGUUUGUUCUUUUUACUUUGAGGUGAAUUCAGAGAAAGACCCGCGGACACUUGUUGAAGAGCUAACAGCCAGGUUUAGCUAACGAGGCUAACAACUUCCUCCGACAGCUCCCCCACAGUCACCCCACACACGGUGCGUCUGCUCCGGCCGUGCGUUCGAUGGUGACCGAGGGUCGGCACGGUGGUAAAGUGUGUUUGUCCGUGUUGGCUAAGUGAAGUGACAGCAGCUGAGCUAACUGAGCUAGCUGCAUCUCUCCGCUAUGUUAGCAUCGACAGCUAACGCUCCGUCAGCGCUGGACUCGAACAAGUGGUUCUGAGUCAGCGGAGUUUGAUUGUGUCUGAAACUUGUCGAAACAUCGCGUCUCUGUGUUAGAAACACGUUCGGGUCCGAGCUCCAGCGGAGCUGCUCGCUUCGCUGCUCUCAGGGCGUCACAGCAACUUUUCUGGACGUUAGCUUAGCUUAGCUGCGUUAGCCUCUGGAGCUGUUCCCUCUGAACGUCUGAGAUUUGAACCUGUGAUGGAUUCACUGACACUUUCUCAACUAUAGACUCUGCACAUCCUUCAACUUUCACCCACACCACACGGAAGUCACACUGCGGCCCGAACCAUGUCCGGCUCCCCGGGCACAGGAGGCUCCAACCCCAGGAAGUUCAGCGAGAAGAUCGCGCUGCACAACCAGAAACAAGCAGAGGAGACCCGGGCCUUCGAACAGCUGAUGACCGACCUGACAGUCUCCAGGGUGCAGUUUCAGAAAGUCCAGCAGCUGCGUUUGUGUCAGCCACGGGUUCAGUACUACGGAGGCUCUCUGCCCAACGUCAAUCAGAUCGGCAACACCAGCACUGAGUUUCAGGGUGGUUUCCAUUCAGGAUUGGACUCCAUCAGAGGGACACGCCACCAUGGGCUGGUCGAGAGGGUUCACAGGGGCCCCAACCGAAUCAACUCUCCCCAUCGCCGACCCAUCGACAAGCACGGACGGCAGAUGGAGAGUUCUCCAUAUGGAGCAGUGUACCUGUCCCCACCUCCGGACAACAACUGGAGAAGGGAACAGCAGCCAUGGACUGAGGAAAAACGGCCUGGGUUUAGAUUAUUAUCACAACUCAACAGAACCAAUUCAGACUCGGCUCUCCACACGAGCGCCAUGAACCCGAACCCUCAGGACCCCUUUGGCAUUCACCAGCAGAUGGGUCGAGGUCCCCACCAGCGAAAUGGCUGGUGUUCAGCUAGUGUAAAUGAGGCCGAGGUGGACGGCUCUGGAGAUGUCUUCUCCUUCCCCGCCCUGCAUAACGAGGACAAUCUCCUUGGCGUCAGUAAGCCCCUUCCCAAGCAGCUGUGGGAGGCCAAGAAGGUCCAGUCUCUGACAUCAAGACCCAAAUCCUGUGAAGUGCCUGGAAUCAAUAUAUUUCCGUCUCCGGAGCAGAACCCGGGUCUUUCCCACUACCAGGGCUCGUUAAACACCGGUGGCUCGCUGCCCGACCUCAGCAACCUGCACUUCCCCUCACCUCUGUCCACGCCGCUGGACCCUGAGGACAAUGGAGGGUAUCCCAACCUCAGCGGAGGCAGCAGCACCGGAAACCUGCCCGCAGCCAUGAUGCAUUUAGGCAUCGGGAACUCACAGGAAUCAUUUUCUGUUGAUCACAACAACAUGUCAACACUCUUCAACGACCCCUUCAUGGAGCCGCAGUUCAAUCGUCAGAACAAGACCUUCCCCUAUCAGUUGGACCAGUUCGGUCUGUUGGAAAACACCAUGAGCUCCACAGCAGGAGGUUCAUGCUUCGACCCUACCUCCUCUUCCUCCUCGCUCUACUACUCCCAGGCCGCCCUCUCAGGACUGGGCGGCAGCCACGGCAGCCUGCACGACCCCAUGCACAUGAGGUCCAACAUGCUGUACUCCAACUGCAGCGGAGGGUUACCCAACAUCAUCCUCACCGAUGAUUCCAACCCCACUCUGUCGAAGGACAUCAGCAGCGCUCUCUCUAUGUUGCCUGAUUGUUUUGACUCGGAGGGAGGCUUCCCAUUGGAGGACGAGCUGCGCAUCGAGCCGCUCAGCCUGGACGGUCUGAGCAUGCUCA